AUGAAAGAGCUCAAAUACGAGCUCCUCAGAGAAAAAGCGAUCAGAAAUAAACCUGAAUCGAGCAACAGUGUUAAGAAAGCUGGUCUCUGUAUCUCAGUAUACGAGGCCGAGGAAGCAAAGGUCGGAACGUCAGGGCACGAUUUCGUCUACUGGCCUGGCAUUUGCACAUCCAUCAUACAAUUGGUGAUCGCAGCAAUUCCCUAUGGAUUAUUCGGUGAUUGGGGUAUCUUCCUUAUCACCGUUGUGGGAAUCAUACUGUCCUUUGUGACGGGAAGCCUUCCGCAGUGGAGGGAGGAAAAGUGGGCGUGCCGUGGUAAAAGCGACAAAGAUAUGAUCUUGACAAGAGGCAAUGGCAGUCAGCAUGCCAUUCUCAUCCUUGGGAAAGGGAAAGGGUUUGAUCUGGAAACUCUUGCCACAGGCCGGGACAGGACCAGUUUUUCUAACCCAAAGGCAACCCGAAUUUCCUUGGUUAUUCUUGCUGCUUUAUGGGUUUUACUCCUUAUCACGGCUGCUGGCAUCAAAGAGAAUACUUGGUUUCUGCUGGCCAUCGGUGGCCUUGGACUUGCCGAGAAUGCCUUUGUUGCGGGAACGAUGCGCACUCCUUCUGCAUAUGGCAUGUCGCUCUCUUUUGUGGAGGUUAUUGGCAAGCCAAAGGUCAUGGACAGCCUAUUCGAGGUCGAGAAGAAGUAUCCGCACGCAGGCUUGAGCAUGGUCGGCAUAUUCUUUCCGGGAGGAAAAUUAAGGCAAGACGAGAAAGAAAAGUGGGACGCCUUGAAAAAGAACGCAGAGGAGAGGGAGAAGGACGCAAAGGAGAGCUACAAAACCCGCACUGAACAGAAUGGCAGCUAA